GAGACCCACGGACCACGACACACCGCCCCGCUGAAGCUCGGCUCGCUCCCAACCUGCAACACGUCUCCCGCCCCGCGAGGAUCCGACGGAGCGUCGCGCGACGACCACCACCUCGCCGCUCGGUUUCAAAUUGAAAACUUGGAUCCAAAAGAUUUGUUUCCUCUCCAAACUUUUCGCUUGAGCUGACUCGAGGGAGAGCAGGUGAAGAUGGCGAGAGGUCCGGAGCCCGGCCCGGCACGGGGCGUCCCCCCCGGGCGGCUGGUGCUGCUCCUUCUCCUGCUGAACACCGGACACUUGUCCGGGGUUUCCUCGGCCCAGGAGCUGAACGGCUUCAGCCUCCAUCCACCCUACUUCAACCUGGCGGAGGGCACGCGCAUCACGGCAAGCGCCACCUGCGGGGAGGACGGGGCCCGGUCCGUCACGGACUUGUACUGCAAGCUGGUCGGCGGGCCGGUGUCAGGGGACCCCAGCCAGACCAUCCAGGGCCAGUAUUGCGACGUCUGCAGUCAGAACAACGGCGACCGCGCCCACCCCAUCACCAACGCCAUCGACGGAACCGAGAGGUGGUGGCAGAGCCCUCCACUGUCUCGGAGCACUGAGUUCAACCAAGUCAACGUUACCCUGGACCUCGGACAGCUGUUCCACGUCGCCUACGUUCUCAUCAAGUUCGCCAACUCUCCCCGACCCGACCUCUGGGUUCUGGAACGUUCCGUGGACUUCGGAGAGACCUACCGACCCUGGCAGUUCUUCGCCUCCUCUAAGAGAGACUGCAUCGAGCGUUUUGGUCAGCAGACAAUCGAGAGGAUCCACCACGACGACGACGUCAUCUGCACCACAGAGUACUCCCGCAUCGUGCCCCUGGAGAACGGAGAGGUGGUGGUGUCCCUGGUGAACGGUCGGCCCGGGGCCAUGAACUUCUCCUACUCCCCCGUCCUCCGCGACUUCACCAAGGCGACCAACAUCCGCCUCCGCUUCCUCCGCACCAACACACUGCUGGGCCAUCUGAUGGGGAAGGCCCUGAGGGACCCCACCGUCACCCGCAGGUACUACUACAGUAUCAAGGACAUCAGUAUCGGAGGACGCUGUGUGUGUAACGGACACGCGGAGGCCUGCAACGCCAAGGACCCCAAUGACCCAUACAAGCUGCAGUGCGACUGUCAACACAACACCUGCGGCCUGUCAUGUGACCAGUGUUGCCCGGGGUACAGCCAGUCACCGUGGAAACCAGCCACGACCUAUAAUGCUAACGAGUGUGAACAUGUCUGUGGUGCUCUUCAAACGUCUGCUGAUAACGAUGCUGACAUCACUGAACUGGAGAACAAGGCGGGCUCCACCAGCGACCGGGCAGCAGACCUGACCAACAGUACCGAGGACCUCCACCAGAGGGCCCUGGAGCUGCUCACCUUCCUCAGCAACAUGACCACCAACAUCAACGACAUGAUGACGUCGCUGAACCGCUCGGCCAACGGGACAGACAGCAAGGAAGACGACGGGGAGCGGGCGAGGAAGAUGAGGGAGGUGGAGGCCAUGUUGAGGGAGAUGAGGUUCCGGAGCUGCGUCGGUCAGAAGAAGAUGGCCGACCGCGAGAGGACGGAGGCCGACAAACUGCUGUCCCGGGUCCGCCAGGGGCUGGUGACCCGGCAGACCAACAACACGGAGCUGGCCCAGGACCUGCGGGAGCGCCUGGCCCGCUUCCAGCAGCAGAUGAUGGACCUGAGAGACCUGCUGAACCAGGCGGUCAACACCACCGCCCAGGCUGCUCAGACCAACCAGGCCUCCCUCAACGCCCUGGAGGACAACCAGAGGAGAAGGGAGGAGCUGCAGGCCAAUCAGAAGGAGGUAGAGGACCUGCUGCAGAUGGCUGAGGACGAUGUCGCCCAGGUCAACGACCUGCUGUCCAUGCUGCACGAGUCUAAAGAGGAGUACGAGAGGCUGGCGGCCCAGCUGGACGGGGCUCGCGUCCCAUUGGCCGACAAGGUCCAGGCCUUCGCCCCGGCCGCCGCUAAGGUCCCAUUGGUGGAGCAGGCGGAGGAACACGCCCGCUUACUGGACCGAAUGGCCACUAACCUCACCAGGCUGAUCGCGGGGACCAAUGAGGACGGGUUCAUCGGCCGGGCGCUGAACGCGUCGCGGGCGUACAACGACAUCAUCAGGAGCGUGGCCGAGGCGGAGGACGCCGCCAAUAAGGCCCACCAGGCCGCCAUGGACGCCACCGCGAGUGUGAAGAACCAGGACCUGGCUCUGAUGGCUCAGUCCCUGAGGAACCACAGCUCAGAACUCCUAGAGGAGGCCAAGAAACUGGAGCAGGAGCUCACCACAGACCUGGAGCCGAAGGUGAGAGAUGCGCGGCGUCGUCUUGACGACGCCAGAGUCAAACAGGAAGACCUGCAGAAGGAGCUGGAGGAGAUCCAGAACAACCUCAACACAACCUCAGACGUGAGCCAGGACAUCGCCGAUGCAAAGAGCAAGGCUGAGCAGGCGAACAGCACGGCCACCCGCGUUCUGCAGGCCCUGGGUCCUAUGAAGGAGCAGCUGGACAAGUGGAAUCAGAGCUACGGAGACGCUAACACCACCAACGAGGACAUCAACAACGCCCUGAUGGAGGCCAACAAGACCGUGAGCAUGCUCACUGAGACCUUCCCCCUGCUGCUGAAGAAGCUGGACAAGCUGCAGAACCACUCGGCCCAGAUGCCAAACAUCUCGGAGAACAUCGGCAGGAUCCGACAGCUGAUAGAGCAGGCCCGCAAAGCAGCCAGCAAGGUGAGCGUACCUGUGAAGUUCAACGGCAUGGCCGGUGUGCAGGUGCGUAACCCUGGUAACCUGGCGGACCUGGCAGCCUACACCUCCCUCAAGUUCUUCAUCACACUGCCAGAGGGGGCUCGCAACCGUCGCCAGGGAAACGUCCCCAAACAGUUCGUCUUCUACCUGGGGAACAAGGAUUCCAGUAAGGAGUUCCUGGGCAUGGCGCUGGAGGGCAAGCGGCUGCGCUGGUACUUCAACGUGGGCGGAGAGACGGCCGACGUCCUGAUGCAGGAGGAAGUCAAGUCAGACGGCACCUUCAACAACGUGGUGCUGGAGAGGAUCCUGCAGUACGGGGGGAUGUCCAUGUCUAGUGAGAAGAGCGAUGGGGGGCAGGAGGUGGCCAAGGCCCGUGUGGAGGCCGGGGGCGACAUGGGGCUGCUCAACCUGCUGACCACCGACACCGUCUUCUACGUAGGGGGGUACCCCCCCACCUUCAAGCCGCCCCCCCAGCUGCUGCUGCCUCACUUCCAGGGCUGUGUGGAGCUGGAGACCCUGAACGAGGAGGUCCUCAGCCUCUACAACUUUGAGAAGGUCUUCAACCUCAACACCACCGAGAACAAACCCUGUGGCAGGUCCAAGGUGGUCCUGACCCAGCAGUGGGUGAACGACGCGGCGUACUUCGACGGCUCGGGCUACGCUGAGGUGGUGUUCAAAGAGAACUUGGCCCCCAUUCAGCGCUACGAACUGGAAGUCAAGCUGCUGUCGCACAACGGCAUCCUGCUGAUGCUGCACAACGAGAAGGGUAACUUCCUGUGUCUGGCGGUGCUGGCGGGCCGGUUGAGGGUCUUCUACAACUUCAACGGUACACUGGUGGAGGUUGACCCCAAAGAGCCGUCCUCCCCCCACAUGAAGAUCAGCGACGCAGAGCCCAAGCCUCUGGAGAUCCUCAUCCUGCGAUCGAGCAAGAAGGUGGUAGUGAGGAAAGGCAAGAACGUGCUGUUCCUCACCGUGUUCCCCGAGACGAUCCCCCCCUUCGGCAACAGCUACUACCUUGGGGGGGUCCCCAAGGACAGCAUGCCCCCGGUGCUGCGGGCUCUGUUCCCGGUGCAGGGCUCUCUGAAGGGCUGCUUCAGGAGCCUGAAGGCCAUGACCUCUCACAUCGACCUGAAGAGGAUGAAGAGCUCUGGAGUCAGCUUCGGCUGCAACAACGACCUCCUGGUGGCCCGCGAGGCCCACUUCUCAGGCCAGAGCUACCUGGACAUCGACCACAGCGACAUCCCGGGCCUCAGGGACAACUUCUACGCCGGCUUCGGCUUCCGCACCGAGCAGAAGGCCGGACUCAUGCUGUACCACCAGGCCAAGGACGGGGUGUGCCAGGUGUUCCUGGAUAAAGGUCACGUGGUAGUGAGGGCGGGGAACAGCGAGGUCAGGUCCCAGACGGCCCUGAACGACAACAACAGUCACUACGUGGCUCUGUACAGCAACAGCAACGGGAUGCGCCUGUAUGUGGACGAUUCUCUGGUGAAGGCGGGCGACGGAGGCCGUGCGGCGGGCAACGGGCCGUCGGUCUCCGCGGCGACGUCCGGCAGCUUCUACCUCGGGGGAACGCCCGACCGGUCCACCGGCAACCUGACGGGCUGCAUCAGCAACCUGUUCAUCAAGAGUAUGUCGGCGUCCCAGAGCGUGCAGAACAUGCUGAAGGUGAAGGAGAACGUCAACGUUCCUCUGGACUGCCCCGCAGCCCAGAGGCCGCAGUCCAUCGUGGCUGCUGCCCCCAAAGCAAGGAACAAGCAGGGUAAGAACAAGAAGCCAGCAGGCUCUCGGAGCCGCAGUACCAGGGAGUCCUGCCAGGGGGAGCCGUCGCCCCCGGAGACUGGAGCCACUCACUUCAGUGGCUCCGCCCACAGCCACCAGAGACACGACAACCUGCCGCGCGAGUUCAGCAAGAGUCCCCACAUCUCUCUGGGCGUGAGGAUCAACUCGUCCGAAGGCCUCGUUCUCCGCACUACCCAGCAGGGGGGCGGGGCUGUGAUGUCACUGAGGGUGUCAGAGGGACACCUGGUCCUAUUGGUGGAGGGAGGCAAGCGGAAGGCCAGCCUCCGCAGCCGCAGGAAGUACAGCGACAACCAGUGGCACACGGUCUUCAUAAAGCGUGAUGGAGAUAAGAUCAGCCUGGUGGUGGAUGGGAUCAACGCGCUGUCCAAGAAGCUUCCAGGAGGGGACAAGUUCCGGCUCUCUGGGCCCCUGUACGUCGGAGGGGCCCCUCUCGCCCUGCUGGCCCCUGGAGCCGGAGGGAUGGUGGGCUGUGUUCGAGGGCUGAAGCUGAACGAGGUGCCUGCGGGGAGCCCCUCCCACAGCCAGGGGGCAGCACCCUGCUUCCUCAGCCUGCUGCACCCUGGGGCCUACUUCUCCAGAGAGGGAGGACACAUCGCCAUAGACGACUCGGUGGUCCUGGGCAAGGACUUUGAGGUCCGGCUGGAGAUCAGGGCUCGCUCGGACUCUGGGCUGCUGUUGCAUGCUGGGACGUCAGAGCACUUCUUCAACGUGGUGCUGAACCAGGGAGAGGUGACCGUGACAUUAAACAGUGGUAGUGGAGUGUUCUCCACCCCCCUCACUCCAGAAGUGUCAAUCUGUGACGGACACUGGCACACCUUGAGCGUGAUGAAGAGAAGCAGCGUUCUGCAGAUCCAGGUGGACGGAGUCAGUCAAAGUAGCAUCGGGCCCAAAGCCAGUCGCUCAGCAGGGGGCAAACUCACCCUGUACCUUGGGGGCGCAUCUGAUGGUGCUGUGGUGCCAGGCCUACCCGCUGGCCUGCCCUCCUUCCACGGCUGCGUCCGCAAAGCCAGCCUCAACCAGCGGGCGGUCCCCCUGAACAAGCCUCUGGCCCUGCACGGAGCCGUGGGCACCCAGGGGUGCCCCCACGAUUAGGGAACACACACACACACACGCGCACGCUCAUUGUCACAAAUAAUCUCACAUACACUCUCAUGCACACCCAAUUGGUAAAGUAAACAAGCACUCCACCUUAAAAAUGAAUAAAUACAAACAUAAAUACAUGAAUGGAGAAACACACCUGGUGCAAAGGUUCUACCUGUAUAAGACCUCCGACCUGAACACUCACACCUCUCCUGUCCUCACAUUCCCCGAUGACGGCCUCAUAUGUUACUGUAGCUAAUUUAAAAACAGAAAUAUUUAUUUUUUACUUUGCGGAAAAAAAAGUUAUAUUUUUUACUCGAUUGUGUGUCUUUAUUUCAAUAUUCCUGUGUUGUGUGAUCUUAGCUACAGGGACCUAUGAGAAACCACCGUUAGAGUCAGAGGUAUGGAGAGGUUAUGUAGAAACUCUAACACUGGUGCUGAAACUGCGCAGUUGACCACUUGUUACUUUGGCGCCUACAGGUCAAUCACAGUACAACAUGCAAAAUUCAUUCAACUGUAUUGGUGCUAAUUGUCCAAAUGUUUUAUCUCGAGUUCAUGCAAGAGAUAAUGAAGAGAAUGCAGAUUACCUCUGAAACAGUAGCUUGAUGAGGCAACAUUUCCUUCAGGGAGAGCUAUAAGUUAGCUAAGCUAGCCUCCUGGUAAUUGGUGAAGAACAGCUGAUUAUUCAGGUUAUGAAAACAAACUGUCACGUUGAACUUUGACCACACAAUUUCUACCUUGUUUGUCAUUCAUGGAAGUCUUAAAAUAUUCACCUCAUUCCUCAGAAAAAUGUUUCUCAAAUUAAUCGACAGUUUGUUUUUAAACUGGAAAUUCUUAGCGCACAUAUUGAGUUAUCGAGAUCUAUAUAUAUAUAUAUAUAUCCAUCACCCUGUUUAAAUAUGAACUACAAUGUUGAACGAUGGCGGAGGAAUUUCACAGCAUAUUGUAACAUUAAUGAUUCUACUUUGAAUACAAUUGUUUGAAUCCCUAAAUAAUUUCCAAAAUGUGUCCAUUUAAAACGAUUAUCAAACUUACGAGAAGACCUGAACGUGUUUUGUAUUUGAUUUUAUGAUUUGAACCGUAAUCUCCUCCAAGUCCAUCAUUGCCAGGUUAAAUAUGAAAUGUAUUCCCCUCACAUACACGUAUCCAAUAAUAAAACAUUCAUACCAAAUCACAUGCUCCUUCCUUCUUACGUUGCACAACACACUCAG